AUGCCCCAACAGCCGCUCGAUAGUAACCAGCAACCUUAUGGAUAUCAGGGACCUGUUAAGAACAAGCCCACCAACUAUGGGCCUCUUUCCAAUGGUAGCAUCAACGGUAAUGACAUCAUGAUGGCCCCACAUAUGAUAAAUUCUUAUGGGCAUCCCAACAUGGGACAACAAGCUACACACACGGGACAAACGCCACUUAAUGGAUCCGAAAUCAAUAUGACAUCUAUCACACAGCUCCCGCAACAACAAAUAGCUGGUCAAGUGGGCCAAAACUCAAGAUCCAGAAAGCAUAUCCAGCCGUCACCGCAGCAUCCACAGCAUUUAAACCAGAACCAGCAAACGCACCAGCCAAUACCGCAGGGACAAGCGCAGGCGCCAAUUUUGCCCUUGCAUGAUUUUUCAAACUCUGCAUCAGCGGUAGCAUCGCCGUUUGCAACUUCCGCUCCAACACCUACUGGCUCCGCCUCUGUCCCAGCAGUUGCCAUGCAUGGCGCACCAGCUCCCGGACUGGCUCCGAGACAGGUUUCUAAUGGAUUUGGUGGCCCUGCUCCCAGUGCAGUGCCGGUCCCUAUGACAGAAAGUCACACAAAUUUGCAUGCUAUCCCUACAGGAUCUGUACCCAUAACUGCGUCGGGAACUACCCCCGGCGCACUUCCUGCAUCCCCGUAUCGUCAAAACUCAACGUCUAAUACCGGCUACACCAUGCCAACGGCGCCUCAGUCUCAAGUGCGGCCAUACGUUCCAGUUAGCACAAUGCCUUAUCCGAUUAGAAAAUAUCUCUCGAACAUGGCUAUACUACGUUUGCAUGAAAUCAUAAAUUUGAUCAACGUUUCCACUGGCCGAGUGGAUGAUUUUGAUUACUGGAAACGGUUCACUAGUGACCUUUUCACGCCAUAUGGAAUAUUACGAUAUUCUACCAAGGGUGGUGAAGAGACUCGACAAUUCGAAUUCACGACUCCCAUCAUUCCGCUAAUAUGUCAGUCGCUUGGAUCUGUGGGUGUUGUAAGGUUAGAAAUUGUGCCCCAACAGCUGAGAGCCCAAGUCCUAAGUAACGGUACCAUUUUUUUCGACUGUCCGCGCUAUACUGCGACCUAUUACUAUCCAGAUGGUAGCUACAUGAACAAUUUUUCCCAGGUAAAGGGCAUUUUUGAUUCGAAUCUAAAAAUGAUAUGGGUCGAGAUCUCAAGCUACAGUUUCGUUCCCGGAAUAGAGUGGAGCUCGCUCGAGCGCUUGAUAAGUUCCGAGCCGCUCUGUCAUCAAAUCUUCAAAGAUCUGGGACAAUCUCAUGAGACGCCUCGAGCUCAAGAUCAGGAAUCUGAUCAACAGAGUCCCUCGGGACAAAAGGAGCCGCAAGUGCCGACUAAUUUCGCAGCGAUCACAAAUCUUCGAUCUCAGUUUGGAGUUUUUCAUAACAUUUCAAGCUUUGGCGUUCAGGAAAGUUUUAUGCGAGCGCUACAAGUGAAUGAUGUGAUCUCAUAUUUAAAAAACCUGAAAGUUUAUCAAAAAGUGCACAAACUGCGAAGCCCUUUGGGUAGUCUAGAAGCACUAGUAACUUCAUCAAACGCUGAAAAAAGCAACAGCGUGCCAGCGGGCGCUUCGUCAAUAUAUCAGCCCAAUGGCCUUUCUCCAGCACCGGCCUCCACCAUGAGGGCAAGGACGAGUCAGCCUGCUCGACCAGCAGUAAAAAAGCGCAGGCAAAGCGACCUAUCACCUCUGAGCGCCAAUGACAAAGACUCCACACCGAAGCAGGACAAUUCCAAUUUGGUUAGCGACUCCGCCAAGAAAGUAAAAUAUUGA